AAUUAAUGAAAGGCGUGAGCCGCUGGUGGCCUCGUCUGUGUGUGUGUGUGUGUGUGUGUGUGUGUGUGUGUUUGUGUGUGUGUGUGUCUGUGCGUGCCAACAUUGGGACAAGCUCAUGAGACAGUUGACAGACGACCGAUGAACUAGUAUGGCCGCCAUCUUUCAGUAUUUUCCUUUCAAAUAUUUCUUCUGGUCGAAAAGAGAUGCCUCCACCCAAGUACCCUGCCCGCCCGCCGUGCGUCCAGUGCCCUCCUACAAACUGAUCUACUUCAACGGGCGGGGGAGGGCAGAGCUGUGCCGUCUUCUGUUUGUCCUGGCCGGGCAGGACUUUGAUGACGUCAGGAUACAGGACACGGAUUGGCCGGCGUUCAAAGCAACGACACCUUUUGGACAACUGCCGAUCCUGGAGGUCAACGGAAAAAUUUUCACUCAAAGUCUAGCACUGGCCACAUACCUGGCUCGAGAGUUUGGUUACCAUGGCAACAACAAUCUAGAAUCUCUAGCCAUCGAGCAAGUGGUCUGCCUCACACAGGACCUCGUUAACAAGGCACUGCUUGUCUUCCACGAGUUGGAUCCUGGGAGAAAGAACGAGCUGAGGAACAACUUUCUAAACGCCAUCGUCCCAGAAUACUUAAAGCAUUUUCAGAAGCUUCUUCGUGAGUCUGGCACUGGUUACUUUGUGGGUGACCAGAUGACCUUAGCUGACCUAGUUGUGUGGAACAGCAUCACGAGCUUCGAGAACCGUCUCAAGGUCACAGGUCUGGUCGACAACUGCACGGAGGUCAAGGAUCUAUUCGCCAGAGUCUCCAGCUCACAGAGAAUCGCAGACUACGUGGCGCGCAGAAAACCAACAGAGUUCUGACACAUGACCUCGCGCCAUUGGCUUGUAGUGUUAACAAUACAAGGUUGAUAGAUGGACUUGUAAUGUUAACAAUACAAGGUUGAUAGAUUGGCUUGUAGUGUUAACAAUACAAGGUUGAUAGAUUGGCUUGUAGUGUUAUCAAUACAAGGUUGAUAGAUUGGCUUGUAGUGUUAACAAUACAACGUUGAUAGAUUGGCUUGUAGUGUUAACAAUACAAGGUUGAUAGAUUGGCUUGUAGUGUUAACAAUACAAGGUUGAUAGAUGGGCUUGUAGUGUUAACAAUACAAGGUUGAUAGAUUGGCUUGUAGUGUUAACAAUACAAGGUUGAUAGAUUGGCUUGUAGUGUUAACAAUACAAGGUUGAUAGAUUGGCUUGUAGUGUUAACAAUACAAGGUUGAUAGAUUGGCUUGUAGUGUUAACAAUACAAGGUUGAUAGAUUGGCUUGUAGUGUUAACAAUACAAGGUUGAUAGAUGGGCUUGUAGUGUUAACAAUACAAGGUUGAUAGAUUGGCUUGUAGUGUUAACAAUACAAGGUUGAUAGAUUGGCUUGUAGUGUUAACAAUACAAGGUUGAUAGAUUGGCUUGUAAUGUUAACAAUACAAGGUUGAUAGAUUGGCUUGUAAUGUUAACAAUACAAGGUUGAUAGAUUGGCUUGUAGUGCUAACAAUACAAGGUUGAUAGAUUGGCUUGUAAUGUUAACAAUACAAGGUUGAUAGAUUGGCUUGUAGUGCUAACAAUACAAGGUUGAUAGAUUGGCUUGUAGUGCUAACAAUACAAGGUUGAUAGAUUGGCUUGUAAUGUUAACAAUACAAGGUUGAUAGAUUGGCUUGUAGUGCUAACAAUACUUUGCUAAAAGACUGGCUACCUAUACGUUUGAACAGCUGAGAAAAAGAGAGGGGUGGUGUGGGAAACUUCUUUAAGUUGUUGUCAGCUGAAAGAGUAGUCGCCCAUUUGUUGACAAACUUGUUUCUUGAUUGGUGGGAAAAUAAAUGAAUGAAAAUUGUAA